AUGCAUUUUAUCUACCGUGUGGUGUUGGUGCUUGCGGCUUUCGCCCUUUUCAAGGUGGAUUCUAUCUCAGCGGGUGUGACCUUCAAUGAGGAGCACCUAACCAUUCCGCGCUUCACUCGACCAGUCGAGGAGAAUCUGAUCAAACGGCAGUUAAGAGUUAUGGACGACAACGAGAGAGGAUUUCCAAGUGGUCCCAGCCUCGAAAAGAUCGAAGCAAUGUUUCAAUCUUUGACGAAUAAAAUCACGACGAAAUCAAAACCUUCCCAAAGAGACGUCCCCGACGAAAAACUAUCACAACUGCUAGGUGCAGCAAAGCCAGUAAAUAAGGCGGUUGAAGCUGCUGGCAGACUAAAGACUCUGCAGACCCAAAAGUGGCUUGACGAGGGGAAAUCAACACAAGAAGUAUUUCAGCUGCUUGAACUGAACAAGUUUAUGGUGCCUAACUUUAAAAAGAUCGAAGGCACCGUUUUUGGUCUACCGGACUUCAACACCUGGGUGAACUACGUAGACGAUUUCAACGCAAAGAAUCCUACGAAGAAGGAGUCCAUGAUCCCCACGUUGAGGACUAUUUACAGCGACGAAGGCCUGACAAGGGCUCUUGAGCUGGCCAAGACGUACUCAACCACAAAUGCGCUGGCCACUAAGUUAAGGAAGGAGCAAAUCCAGAGGUGGUUAGACGACGCCCAAACUCCGAAAUACGUCUUCGAGAUGUUCAUGAUCGACGACAAAGUGGAUGGACUACUUACAAACCCGCGAUUCAUCGCUUGGACCAAGUACGUAGACGAUUUCAAUCUCCAGUAUCCCACUUCGAGAGCGUCGAUGGAACCACCCAUUGCAGCUCACUACGGCGAUGAUGCUGUAUUUGCCAUGCUUGAAGCAGCCAAGAAAGUCCAAUUAACAGAGAAUGUUGCCUCCAGAUUGCAGGCUGAACAGAUUAAGAGGCUACUGAACAGCAAUCGCUCUCCCGAGUAUGUCUUCGAGGCGUUCAAUCUCCACGAGACUGGAGACAAUCUUCUAAGCACUCCGAUGUUCAAAACGUGGUUUAACUACCUCGAGAGCUUCAACAAAAAGAACACCGACAAAGAAACGUUGCUGGCUCCAAUUCAUAGAUAUUACCACGAUCAUGGUGUGGCAAAGAUAGUCGCAGAAGGUAUGAAGAAUCCGAGCACAGUAGAACUCUCAAAGCAGUUGCAGAUUCAGCGAUACAAGCGUUGGCUACAUGCUGAAAGGCCUCCGCGUGAUGCUUUCAACACGUUCAUCUUAGAGAAGCCUGGAGCGGAUGUUAUUAUUCGUUACAAUGAACGUCUGGACGGCAAAUUGUAUCAAGUACGUCUUAACAAGGUGUCGGAUGGGCUUCUCUCUAGUCCCGAAUUUCAGCUUUGGUCUAAGUAUUUAGACGAUUGGAACACCAAGUACCCCGACCAAAAACAGUCUAUGGCCAAGAUUUUCCAAGCCUUGUUCACCGAAGACGCUCUAGCAAAGAUGAUCAUGGCGGCACGGAAUAAUCCCAGUACGCAGAAAAUAGCCUCGCUCUUGGAGAAUGCAUUUGCCAAAGUGUGA